CCCACCCCGGCCCCCCUCCCCUCCCACCCCCGCCCCCGGCUCUGAUUUCGUCUCCGGAGUUCUGGAGAAGGCAGAAGCUCUGGCUCUCCCCGUCCCUCCGCCUCUGCCUCUCCCUUCUCUCUCGGGAUGGGGUUGGGAGUUGUAGCCGCUGCCGCCAGGCUGCCCCACUGCUCCCCCUGAAAGCCCGCGAUCCCCUCGCCCCAGCUUCAUCAACUCGCCCUCGGGUUUCUAUCUCUCCUGCCCUUCCCCAAAAGCCGGAGCCCAGCCGUCGAGAUGCUACGGCCAGCUCCGACUCGACUGGGACUUGUCCUGCUUUUGCUCUGUCCCGCCCACGUCGGCGGGCUCUGGUGGGCUGUGGGCAGCCCCCUGGUCAUGGACCCUACCAGCAUCUGCCGGAAGGCUCGGCGGCUAGCAGGACGGCAGGCAGAACUGUGUCAGGCUGAGCCCGAGCUGGUGGCGGAGCUGGCACGGGGUGCCCGGCUAGGUGUAAGGGAGUGCCAGUUCCAGUUCCGAUUCCGACGCUGGAACUGUUCCAGCCACAGCAAGGCCUUUGGGCGAAUCCUGCAGCAGGAUAUCCGGGAGACAGCCUUCGUCUUUGCCAUCACGGCAGCGGGAGCCAGCCACGCGGUGACCCAGGCCUGUUCCAUGGGAGAGCUGCUGCAGUGUGGCUGCCAAGCCCCCCGUGGACGGGCCCCCCCACGGCCCCCUGGGCUCCCCCACCUCUCUGGCACUCCAGGUCCUCCGGGCCCUGGGAGUUCUUUGGAUGGCAACGCAGCCUGGGAGUGGGGGGGCUGUGGGGACGACGUGGACUUCGGGGAUGAGAAGUCCCGGCUCUUCAUGGAUGCUCGGCACAAGCGGGGACGGGGUGAUAUCCGGGCACUGGUGCAGCUGCACAACAAUGAGGCUGGACGGCUGGCGGUGCGGAGUCACACGCGCACGGAAUGUAAGUGCCACGGCCUGUCGGGCUCCUGCGCCCUUCGCACCUGCUGGCAGAAGCUGCCCCCGUUCCGGGAGGUGGGAGCCCGGCUGCUGGAGCGCUUCCACGGCGCCUCCAGGGUCAUGGGGACCAACGACGGCAAAGCUUUAUUGCCGGCUGGCCACACCCUCAAGCCCCCGGACCGCGCCGACCUGCUCUACGCGGCCGAUUCGCCCGACUUCUGCUCGGCCAACCGGCGGACGGGCUCCCCGGGCACGCGGGGCCGCGCCUGCAACAGCAGCGCCCUGGACCUGAGCGGCUGCGACCUGCUGUGCUGCGGCCGGGGACACCGCCAGGAAAGCGUGCAGCUCGAGGAGAACUGCUUCUGCCGCUUCCACUGGUGCUGCGUGGUGCAGUGUCACCGCUGUCGCGUGCGCAAGGAGCUCAGCCUCUGCCUCUGAGGCGGACGUGCCCUUGCCCGCGCCCCUGAACCUCAGGAGGCUGAGCCUGCGUCUUGGGUCGCCAGCCAGAGGCGGCCGGACCCCGGCAGAGAACGGCCUCGGGCCGGUCUCAGCAGGGGAGUAUUUAUCCUCUGUCGGAGAACUUGGGCAAAGGAUGUCUGGCUUCCCGAAUCAUAGGGGCCCAUUCUUCCAGGAGCAGAAACCGAUGCAUGCAGGAAAAGGGACUGUCGAACAACUAGUGCUCCUGGGUACCAGUAUAACGGGCGAUGCUGUGGAGGGAGCUCCCUGCCCUGCUCAAUUCUAACUGACAAAUCCUUCAGUAUCUUCUGAUAAAGAUGGAGAUUUGGAAUGGGGAUCAGGGUCAUCUUAAAGCACUGUCUGGGAAAUGGGAGAAAAGCCAAGGGGAACGACACUGGAGGAUGGGGGACCCCUAAUGACAGGGGUUGGGGAGGGCACCAGGAGGUAGCAAAGGGGUGAUUUUUGGUACUAAUAAAGUUAUUUAAAGCAAGUAGACUCAGAUGAGGAUUUGGAGAAAGAAGCUGUGGUCAGUUUCUCCAGGCCCAUGUUCGAAGAAGGGACACAGCAUCAUGGUAUAGGGUUGGGAAAGGGAAAGGAGGAGAGAGAGUUAAAUUUGGAAAGAAACCCUUGAGGAUUACCACCUUCUGUGCUCCUGGGGCUUCUCUCCUUAGUAAGCUGGACAGACCCUCCCAGAGAUCUCUGGGCCAACUCCCCAUUUUACAGAUGAAGGCUUGAGAUCCAGAUAAGUGAAAUAAUUUGCCCAAAUCUGAGACACAGCUGAGUUUUGAAUCAGGAUCUUUUGACUUCAAAUCCAUGCUGCCUUUUUUGCCUCUUUUCUGAAAGUCCAAGGACUAAGGUUCUCAAAUUGGAAUUUUAUGCCUUCUCUCUGGCAUGGUAGGGAUCCUCUUUCCACUUUGUUUCUUUUCUGGAAGUUCAAGGUCUGAAGUUCUUAAAGUGGCAUUUUAUGCCUUCUCUCUGGCAUGGUAGGGAUCCUCUUUCCACUUCACCUUUAAUCCAGUGUAGUAACUAAAAGGGAGUGGGGGGCAAUCUACAACUUGAUUUUAUUAUGUGUUAGCUUAUGGAAAAAGAGAACAUACAAUGUCUUACAGCUUAAAAAACAACAACAACCCAUCCAGUGUAGUAACUAAAAGGGAGUGGGGGACAAUCUACAACUUGAUUUUAUUAUGUAUUAGCUUAUGGAAAAAGAGAACAUACAGUGUCUUACAGCUUAAAAAACAACAACCCAGCAUUUGAGAGAUUGUCCAACCUCUUCAUUUUACAGACGAGGAACUGAAUCUUAGAAAGAUGAAAUGACUUAAAUUUCUGAAUUACCUUAAAUUCCCAGUUCUUCCCAGUAGACUUCUUGGUCUUAGGUUGUCAUUUGAAUUUAGUAUUUUAUCAUUGUAAAGAAUUUUUUAGCAAGGAACUUCCUCCAUAAAUAACAUUCAACACCUCAGUAAUUUUACAAUCUCAGUGAGUUGCCAGGAAAUGGAUCCAGUUCAAUCUCAGAGAGCUGCCAGGAUGUGGACCCAGAUCUUCUUGAGUCUUUAAUCAUUCAAUACAUUUGACUUAAUAUUUCUUAAGUACCUGCUACAGGUAGGCACUGCAGAUGCAUAAGUGAAAGAAAGAUGGCACAGUUCCUGCUCUCAGGUUAACAAUCCAAUAUGGGAGGAAGAAGUAAUAUAUACAAAUGAAUGUUAGAAAGUUACAUGUAAUAUAAGGGGAAAGGAAAGGCAUAGACAUGGUGCUACUUCCAUGUCAAUGGCAAAAAGGGCAGCAAGGACUUCCCACAGCCACUCUUGUACUCUAGUUAGAAAUGGAAGACUGGGCUUUGUGGAUCAUAGUCUUACCCAUUGUGGUAUUUCCUAUGUUCUUAUGGUUCCUCCCUCCCAUCAGCCAUAAAACCUAAGCCACAAGGAGGAAACCUAGUAAGUAAGGAUGGAGUCAUUCUCAUUUUUUUCCUUGGUUGUUGAUUGUUCCUAAAUUGUAUUUAAUUCAAUUCAACCAAAUUUUCAUAGCCGCCUCCUUUCUUCUUAUGGAAUCUAAGGUAUCCUGUUAAUCGCCCCCCAACACUUUAUUAAUACUACAGCAUUUGUCGACUCAGAAAUUGUUACAAGUCCCUUUAUGAGCCACUUGAAUAUAUUUCAAAUACCGACUGACAAUAAAGCAUUUUUAUUCACAA